AUGGGUGUCCGAGGGCAAAAGAAACACAUGAAGCGUCUCGCGGCGCCAUCGUCAUGGAUGCUCGACAAGCUCGGUGGUACCUACGCUCCCCGAUCUAACCCAGGUCCUCACAAGUUGCGCGAGAGUCUUCCUUUGAGUGUGCUUCUCCGCCACCGUCUGAAAUACGCCUUGACUGGGCGUGAAGUCACCUUGAUUGUCGCCCAACGACUCAUCAAGAUUGACAACAAAGUCCGAACCGACCCCAAGUUCCCGACCGGUUUCAUGGAUGUCAUUUCAAUCGAAAAAUCCGGUGAACAUUUCCGAGUCAUGUUCGACAUCAAGGGCCGAUUCACCGUCCACCGAAUCAGCGCUGAAGAGGCCACCUACAAGCUUUGCAAAGUCAAACGUGUCCAACUUGGAAACAAGGGCGUUCCAUUCAUUGUCACACACGAUGGCCGUACCAUCCGAUACCCCGACCCAAUCAUCAAGGUUAACGACACCAUCAAGUUCGACUUAGUCCAGAACAAGAUUGUCGACACCCUCCCCUUCGAAGUUGGAAACCUUGUCAUGUGCACAGGUGGUCGUAACCAGGGCCGAGUUGGCACCAUCCUCAGCCGAGAGAAGCACGUCGGUGGAUACGACAUUGUCCACGUCCGAGACGUCAUCGACCGAACCUUCUCCACUCGUAUUGGGAACGUUCAGGUUAUCGGCGCCCACGGCAAACCAUCUGUCUCCCUCCCUCGUGGCGGUGGUGUCAAAUUGACCAUUGCCGAAGAGCGUGAUCAACGACGAAAACAAAAGGAGAAAGAAGGACAUUAG